AUGGAGGUAAGCGCAGCCACAGUCGUCCUCUUCCUCUCUCUGAUUUCGUUGGUGAUCCUUCUGUCCUUACUCCGCCGAAAAUCUUCACAUGAUUCCAAGAAGAAUCGGCCUCCCGGUCCACGGUGUCUCCCGUUUAUCGGGAACCUCCUCCACCUCGUCACUGCGCAGCCGCAGGUCGCACUAUGGGACCUGGCCAGGAAGCACGGCCCGGUGAUGUACCUGCGUCUGGGCCACGUCGACACGGUGGUGAUCUCCUCACCGGCGGCGGCGCAGGAGGUGCUCCGGGACAAGGACCUGAUCUUCGCGUCACGGCCGAAGAUGCUAGCCACGGAUAUCAUCCUCGACGGAAUGGACCUCGCUUACGCGCCACACAGUGCGUACUGGCGGAAGCUGCGCAAGCUGUGCAUGACCGUCCUCCUUGGCGCGCACAAGGUGCGGCAGCUGGCGCCUCUCCGGGACAGAGAGACGCUUUCCCUGAUCAGGAAGGUUGCCGCGGCCGGACAGGGCGGCGAGCCGGUGAAUCUCGAAAGGCUGCUCGUGCCGUGCUCGAUCGCCAUCACCUGGAAGGCGACGCUUGGUCAGCUGUGUGGCGGUGAGCUCCAGGAACAGUUCAUGUCGGUCGUCAACGUGGCGGUGACGGAGGGGUCUGGUUUCUGCGCCGCAGACCUCUUCCCGUCGCUGUGGUUCGUGGACGUCGUCACUGGACUGAGAGGCCGACUGAGGAGAGCGCGCCAGCAGCUCGACGACGUGUUCGACAUGAUCAUCACUGAGCACGAGGAGCGGCAAGAAGAGGGCAGGAAGACCGGGGAUGAAGACCUUCUGAGUGUCAUGCUUAGGAUGAAGGACGAGGCGGACCUCGAGAUCCCCAUCACCGCUGCAACAAUCCAAGCAGUCACAUUUGACAUGCUCAUCGGAGGGACAGAGACGACGUCAUCAUCUGCAGAGUGGGUCAUGUCAGAGCUCAUGAGGAGCCCUGAGGCGAUGGCCAAGGCGCAGGCAGAGGUGCGACGGACACUGGACGGCAAGAGCCCACAAGACCAUGAACGCCACAUCGACGAGCUAAGCUACACAAGGUUGGUGAUCAAGGAGAGCAUGAGGCUGCACCCUGUGCUGCCGCUCCUGAUUCCCCGUCUCUGCCAGGAGACCUGCGACAUCGGCGGGUUUGAGGUCUCCAAGGGCACCAAGGUCAUCGUCAACGCGUGGGCGGUGGCACGAAGCCCCGAGCAUUGGCGCGACGCAGACAAGUUCAGGCCAGAGAGGUUUGAGGAUAGCGCGGCAGACUACAAGGGUUUGCAGUUUGAGUACAUCCCGUUCGGGAGCGGAGGGAGGAUGUGUCCUGGUGAUAAAUUCGGGCUCGCCAUGCUGGAGCUCAUGGUUGUCCGACUUCUCUACUACUUUGACUGGAGUCUCCCCCACGGAAUGAAGCCGAAUGAGCUCGACAUGGACAUGGUCGUCGGUGCGACGGCCAGGAGAAGGAACCACCUGCAACUGGUGGUGUCGCCCUACAAGGAGCUUCCCUCGGAAAUUUGA